CCACCUCUUCACUUUUCGAUGACUCCAAGCUUGUAGCCAGUUUUGGGUUGAGACUACUGGCCGCUAUUUUGAUCACUUUUCAGUCAAGCCUCCGAAAACACUUAGUUUUCAAAAUAUGCCCGGAGCUCUCGUCCAAUCUUAAUCCAAAUUCUUCGUGCGCACGAGAGUUCAGGAAAAAUGGAGCUGACUUUAACGCUCACAGUCAUUUGCGUCGCUUUGCCGUCAUGCGCGUCGAGCUCUUAUUUGAGCAGUAAUUUUGUUUUGGAGCCCUGUGAUUUCCUUUUUGACACGGCGGUGGAAGCCUACUAUAAGGGAGACUGGCUCUCGGUAAUCCUGAAUAUGGAGAAGGCUCUCCGGAACAGAGCGACAGUCCGGAAGGUAAAGGCAGACUGCCGACUCGGAUGCGCCAACCGGACCGUUUUCGAAGACCCCAUGCCCGGCCUCGGAAUUUCCAUACCCGGGGCUGGAUCUGUGGAGGAUCUGGGUUUCUUUCGGGAAAUUCUCAAACGCGCGGACUGUGUGAAUUCUUGCGAAACGGAGAAACUCGGUACACCGACUUUGCAUCAAGUCGGUGAAGCGGUGGAGUUGGAGUUCAAGAGGAGGACCCCUUACAAUUACUUGCAAGUCGCGUAUUUCAAGAUAAAUAAGCUGGACAAGGCAGUGGCAGCAGCUAACACAUUUUUUCAAGCAAACAAAGAUCACAAGGAGAUGAGACAGAACCUGGACUACUACAGCACAAUGUCAGGAGUGGAGGAAAAAGACUUCAAAGAUCUUGAAGCCAGACCACAUAUGGUAAACUUCUUGGCGGGGAAGAGUUACUACAGCGACAACUCUUUCGGCCUGGCAGCCAAACUAUUUGAGGUGGCUGUAGAUGAGUACUUCGUUGCUGAUGAAGAGUGCAGAGCACUUUGUGAGGGAAGCUACAACUAUGAUGGCUACAAUUACAUGGAGUACAAUGCUGACCUCUACCAGACAAUGACAGACCAUUACAUACAGGUACUAAAUUGUAAGCAGCGCUGUUCCGUGGAGCUAGCCUUUGCUGCUGCUGAAAGUGACAAGCCCUUGGAGGAUUUCCUUCCCUCACAUUUUAACUACCUGCAAUUUUCCUACUACAACAGUGAAAGCUAUGACCUGGCCAUCGAAUGUGCAAAGACGUUCUUGCUCUUCCAUCCUGACAAUGAAGUGAUGAAACAGAAUCUUGCUUAUUAUUCAGCCAUACUGGGAUUGGACAAGGCAGCGUUCAUACCAGCAAGACAGAUGGUGAAGCGGUUCAUUCAGCGUUCUCUGCUGGAGAAAGAACUAAUGUACUUUGGAUAUGAAGCAUUUGGAAUAACAUUUAUUGAUCCCGACCCCUGGACUCCAGAAGAUAUCAUGCCUAGAAAAUUGAGAGAAAAACAGAAGGCUGACAGAGAGACAGCAGCGAGGAUCACGGAAGAAAUAGGAAACCUGAUGAAAGAGAUUGAAACUCUGGUUGAAGAGAAGAAGAAGGAUUCUACAGAUUUGGCAAACAUAGUAGUAGCACAAGAAGGUGGAAGUCUAUUUUAUGACAACAUAAAAGUGACCUUGACAUCCAUGCAGCUGAAUGGCUCUCAACGGGUCUUGCUUGAUGGGGUUAUCACCGAUGUUGAGUGCACGGAGUUGCGCCGUCUGUCUAACGCAGCUGCUCUCAAAGGUGAUGGUUACCGUGGACAUCCUUCCCCCCACUCCCCUGCUGAAAUGUUUCAGGGAGUCACUAUUUUGAAGGCUCUGAAGCUGGCACAAGAAGGAAAGGUUUCACUGAUGGAUGUCCGUCUGUUCUUUGAUGUUAGCGAGAAGGUGAGGAAGGUUUUGGAGUCAUACUUUCGCUUGAGUUCCCCACUCUACUUCUCCUAUUCACAUCUGGUGUGUCGCUCUGCGAUUGAGGAGAAGCAAAAAACACGUAAUGAUCUGAGCCACCCUGUUCAUGUUGACAACUGUCUGCUGGUCUCAGAGCUCAAUGAGUGUUUAAAGGAACCGCCUGCAUACACACAUCGAGAUUACAGUGCAAUACUUUACCUGAAUGACGACUUUGAAGGAGGAGAUUUUAUUUUCACAGAAUUAAAUGCCAAAGUAGUCACGGCUUUGGUGCAUCCAUUGUGUGGCCGUGUGGUUGGAUUUGGAGCAGGAAAGGAAAACCCACAUGGUGUGAGAGCUGUAACAAAGGGACAGAGGUGUGCUGUUGCACUGUGGUUCACCUUGGAUCCGGCUCAUGAGGAAAAGGAAAGAAUCCAAGCUCAGCAUAUGCUGGAGAUGUUCUCCACCACUUUGAUGAAAGAUUUUAACUCAAAAGAGGCAAUGGUGAGCUCAGACCACUAUUCCAUGGUGACAGAAACAACCAGAGAGACUGACAAGACAGAAGUAGAUCAACAAGAGACUAAAGAUGAAGAGAAAGUUAACACAUAUAACAUACAAAGAACAGCUGAGGUCAAGACAGAUGCAGUACAUCCUGUUAACAUAGAUGGACAACAGACACUCAGAACAAAAGUGGAGCAGUUGGACAAAAAUAAUUCCAAAAAUGCAGUCAAAAUGGAUGCCCAAACCCCUUCCUCUCAGAACAGCAAGGAUGAGUUGUAAUCCAAUUUAACGUAUGUUUUUUCUUCAUACUGUGUGGCCUGAUUGAAACUGAGUGAAAAUACAUUGAUGUGUUUGAAAAAUGUCUUGUAGUUAUUUAAUGAAUUUGAUAUGAUGGGCGAGUUGAAUGCAGUCAUAACAAGCAAUAUGGACAGCUUUCAAAUCUUCUCUUAAAGGUGACACUGUAGUAAUUACUCACAUCUAGCGUAGAAAUUGUGUAUCGCAUCCAAACGAAUGGUGCACUGAAUGUGUGCACCCAUACAUUGAUUUUGGCCAGUAAACAACUGCAAAUGUUACACAGUGUCCCUUUAACUAUACUGUUCUUUGAGAUAAUAAAUAAUAAUUUGACAUUCAA